AUGUCAUCCUCACAACAAUUAUCUUUUGCUCAAACUUAUAUUUUAGCUAGCAAAGUUAGAAACAAGUUAACUAAAGAAGCUCAAUCACCAAAAUCUUCAUUAAGAAACUUGGUUGUUCAAGCUAAUAUGUUAGAUAACAUCAUGGAUUAUAUCAGUGAAGAAACCACUAGAAGAACUAGAGAAUAUGAAUCAAUUAGAAAACAAAAAUCAUCUUCAGUUCAAUUUGCUCCUUCUCCUUUAAGAUCAAACUAUAAAACUUCCAUUACUGAAUAUGAAAUCGAUGAAGACUCUUCUGAUGAUGAAGAUUACUCCGAUGAAGAAAUGGAAGAUUCUUCCGAUGAUGAUGAAGAUGAAGAAUUAUUGCAACCACAACAACAUCAACCACAACAACAACCAGAAAGUGUUUACUACGAAGAAGUCGAUGAAGAAGAAGAAGAAUCCGAAGAAGAAGAACAAUCUGAAAACUUCAUCUUGUUAUUCAGAAGAUGA